AUGAACAAAACCAUAGCCAAAGUUCGCAUGAGAUUCUACUGGUACGGAAUGGAUGCAGACAUACGGUCCGUAGUUCGACAAUGCAACGUCUGUGCCUCCAAGAAGUCACCAGCUAAGAAACGGAGGGCCCCCUUGCAACAAGAUACGGUAGGAAUGCCGAUGGAGCGUGUCGCCAUGGACGUAGUUGGACCGCUACCCGAGACGGAGAGAGGGAACAAGUACAUUCUGCUUGUAGGGGACUAUUUUAGCAAGUGGAUGGAGGCCUACCCAAUACCAGAUCAAACCGCUGUAACGGUUGUAGACAAGUUUGUAAACGAGUUUGUUUGUAGGUUUGGUGUUCCUGAAGUAUUGCAUUCGGAUCAGGGCCGGAAUUUCGAGUCUCGCGUCUUUAAGGAAAUGUGCGGCAUCCUUGGCAUUCACAAGACACGCACCACCCCAUACAACCCAAAGUCCGAUGGACUCAUUGAACGGUUUAAUGGCACUCUGCUCAACAUGAUCUCAAUGAUGAUUGAACCCCAUAAGCGACAACGAGAUUGGGACGAGAAGUUGGCGAUCGCAGUGUUUGCCUACCGUAGUGCUCCCCAAGACUCCACAAGGGAGACACCUAAUAUGCUGAUGUUAGGGCGGGAAGUGCAUUUGCCAAUAGACCUGACCACAGAGGCUCUAGAGGACCCCGAGGAGCAUGAUAUUGAGACAGACUACGCAUACACCUUGAGGCAACGCAUGCGGGAAGCUCACGAAAGGGCCCGUAAGAACUGCACUGAAAGUGCUAGGCGGCAGAAAAAGGAUUAUGACUCCAAGGCAGGGGGUAGUCCUUUGGCAGUGGGCGACUUUGUGUGGCUCUACAACGAGGCAAAGACCAAAGGCUUGUCCCCGAAGCUCCAGAGGAGGUGGGAGGGCCCUUACUUGUUAAUUCGGCAGUUGUCAGAUGUUACUUGCCGAAUACAGGCGAAGAGAAAUGGAAAGAUGAAGGUGGUCCAUGUUGACAGGUUGAAGCCGUACAAGGGGGAACCUCUUCAAUCCUGGUUAGAAGCAAGUGAAAGCAGGGACGCUCAAGGAAAUGAGCAGGAGUCUCCUAGCCAACUGCCACAGCAUAUGGACAUCGAGGACUUGAACAGGGAAGAUUCCCAGCCUGUCACACCCCCUGUUCCGGCACCACGAAAAGUUCCGGUCCCACCCCCUAGAAGAAAUCCGUCAAGGAAAAGAAACGAGCCUAUCCGCUACAUUUGGAGAGACACAUUCAAGAGAGACAUCGAAGAAGGGAGGAACACAAAUGCAGAGGGUGCGACAAGUCUUUUUUUUAGGAAGGACAACCUGACGAGGCACGUACAGAGUCGACACGAGGGGAAGACAACAGAAGACAAGCGGCAAGACGCGCCUGUGGUAACCCCUGUAGCAGCAGGUGAGCUGAGUAUUCAUGCUUCGAAGGAAACACUCUCUUCAGAGAACGGGAAUGCAUCGAGGCCGACCGGUAAAGAUCUCAGCAUGCUGUUAAAGGAGAGGGAAAGUGAGACCUCGUCGGUAUCGUCAGAAUCAGAAGCUGAGGUGGAGGACUGCCCAACCCCAACGUUUCGGAAGAUCCAGAUGGGAAGGCCAAUGCAGGGGUUGGAUCUGCGACGCACUCUUCCGGGCACCCCUCUGCAGGUAGAAGAGAGGUCUUCCUCAACACAGUUCUCGGGGGGCAAGAAGCUCUUUCAGGAGGAAAAGGUACGAGAGUACAGCGUGGUUUUCCUGCAUGGGUGUGAGAAGGAAAGUUCGCCGGCGCCUACAAAGUUGCAUCACCUCGCAUCGGAUCAGUCGCUAGGUUCCCCAAUGUCCGUACAGGAGCUGGAAAGGGCCCUGGUCGGCCGGGUUAACAGCAUUACUGAAGUCACCACAAGACGAUCUUUUUGUGACGGGAUUCUGGUAGUGGAGGAAGAGAUCAGGACCAAUUACAGUAUUAACUUGAAGGCUGGAGCAAUCUUACCAGAAGUUUAA